AUGGCUUCUAAUUCAAACUGUGGUGCUCUUACAACACGCAGCAUGACUAACAUAUGGCUGAUUGGACAGUUACAAAGUGAACUUCCAGUAAAUGUAUUGCCUACAACAGGUGAUGUCCUGAGAAUGUUUUUUUAUUAUCAUCAAGUAGAAAAGAAAACUGUGCCUGAAAGUGCAAAACUGUCGUCAGAUAAGGUCAUGGACAUGUGGAACAAGGCUAGAAUACCAACAACCUACCAUACUCAUGUUGUAGAAAAAGUAAAGUCGGUAGUUUAUGACUACAAGCUAAUAAAAAAGAUCAAAAACAGACAAAGUGAAGCACAACGAGCACGAGAGAAGGAAUUUGAAGAAAAGGAGCACAUGCUGUUUGAUAUUGCUCACCAACACGCCAUGCAGCUCAUCCGAAUUCAGGAAGAUAUAGAAUUUCUUGAAGACCAGAGGGGCAGUCGACGAAUGCAAAUGAGUGGCAUUGAUAAAGACCUGACCAAGAAAGAAGAGCACACAGAACAACGUAAAUGCAAAGAAGAAGAGAGAAAAGAGCGAGAGCAGGAGCGGAUGACAGAAAGUACCUCACUACAUUUAUCUAGUUCUGAUGACAGUGAUAGUGAACAGCAGGACACAGAGGACAACCAUGAAAUUGAAAUUCCAGUGUACUACAAAAAGCAGAUCAGUGAAGUAAAAGACAGUCUGUCAAGCAGUGCCAGCAAAAAAACACGAACUGUGCAGGAUAUGUUGUCGUCGCCAGAUGUUGCUUCAGCACUGGAUAGAAUAAACCUGUCAGAUAGAAAGUUCACAAUAUUAGCAGCAGCCAUUGCACAAGCUAGUGGGCAAGAGAUCAGGGAUACAUCUCUGUCACGUUCCACAGUUCAUCGUAAACGACAGCAACAUCGAUCAACCAUUGACAGCAGUAUUCGUGAACAAUUUCAGGAUCGUGACAGAAACCCCCUUCUGGUUCACUGGGAUGGGAAGAUCAUGAAUGAUGAUCCACACUCUUUGAUAUAA